CGGAGCGCUUGAGUCUCGCGAGGUUUCUAUUAUUGCCGGUUUUGUCACAUUCGGUAACGGCGCUUGAUCUGUUGCGUUGGUCGUGGCUGCUGUUGCUGAUUUCCUAUUUGCUUCUAAAGCGUCUGACCUAAUUGAGGCCACUGAGCGUGCGUCUGUCUGGCUUCUUCUGUCCUGUCUGCUGCCGCAUUGAGCCGCGCCCCGGCCCCUCCUGUCAUCGCUCUUAUAAGACAUGGCUGACCCCAAAUACGCCGACCUGCCAGGCAUAGCCAGGAAUGAGCCAGAUGUCUAUGAAACAAGCGAUUUGCCGGAGGAUGAUCAGGCUGAGUUUGAUGCGUUUGCACAAGAGCUGGAGGAACUUACUAGCACUAGCGUAGAACAUAUUAUUGUCAACCCCAAUGCAGCGUACGACAAAUUUAAGGACAAGAAAGUUGGCACCAGAAGUUUAGACUUUUCAGAUCGGAUUACCAAGUCCAAGAGGACAGGCUAUGAAUCUGGGGAGUACGAAAUUCUUGGAGAAGGCAUAGGAAUGAAAGAAACCCCACAGCAGAAGUAUCAGCGGUUGCUGCAUGAAGUCCAGGAACUGACGCAAGAAGUGGAAAAGACACAGAGUACAGUGAAAGAAUCAGCUGCUGAAGAGAAACUGACCCCGGUUGCAUUGGCCAAACAAGUAGCUUCUUUAAAACAGCAGUUAGUGUCCACUCAUUUAGAGAAACUGCUGGGCCCAGAUGCUGCCAUCAAUUUGACUGACCCAGAUGGUGCCCUGGCAAAGCGUUUGCUGACUCAGUUGGAUGCGGCCAAAACUAGAAAAAAUCCAGAAGGAAAAAGCCCUGCAAAGGGUCCUGGCCCAGAUACUGAGAACUUGGUGACGUACGAAUUACAUUGUCGUCCUGAGCAAAACAAGUUCUCUCAGGCUGCAAAGAUGGCUGAGCUAGAGAUGCGCUUGGGGGAGCUCGAGGUUGCAGUGCGUUGCGAUCAGGACACUCAGAAUCCUCUCACUGUGGGACUACAAGGAUCUUGUUUGAUGGACACAGUUGAAAUUCUUCAGGCUAAAGUCAAUUUGUUGGAUGUAGCAUCUCUGGACCAAGUGGAGGCCAGACUACAGAGUGUCUUGGGGAAAAUGAAUGAAAUUGCGAAGCACAAAGCAGCCAUUGAGGAUGCAGACACUGAAAGCAAGGUGCACCAACUGUAUGAAACGGUGCAGAAGUGGGACUCUAUGUCUGGCACCCUGCCGCAGGUUGUCCAGAGGCUGCUGACGUUGAAGCAGCUUCAUGAGCAAGCCAUGCAGUUCGGCCAGCUUCUCACCCACUUGGACACUACACAGCAGAUGAUUGCAAAUUCUUUGAAGGACAAUACGAAUGCAUUAGCCAUGGUCCAGAAAGCCAUGAAGGAGAACCUGGCUACCGUGGAAGACAAUUUUUCCAAUAUCGAUGGUAGAAUAAAGAAACUAAGUAAAUGAGUUGCACUUCUUCACUACAAACCUCAUUCCCUAAUGUAUCAAGGAAACAAGAGUUUCUGCAGACUCUGCACUAAGAAAUCUAUUCGCUCCCCUACAAAGAGAGGUUUUACCAUUGUACAGACGUCUUGUUCCUCUCUCCCCUCCCCCGGUGUUUCCUGAGAAUGCUGAGAGGCUUCUCCUGUACCUGCCCAUGCACGGAGACUCACUGGGGCUCAGUUAUAAACACUGGGCAAAUUUGCACCUGGGCAGUAACCCAUGGCAACCAAUCCAUGACUGUCUGUUUAUAAAUGAGCCCAACUGUCCCUUAAUAUCAGGCGCUGCUUCUCAUCUGAUCUGUUAGGGAACAACGUGUAUUUAUCAAGGUUUGCUUGCCGGUACAUGGCCUGCGCCAACUGGAGUGUCUGAGAAGAACAUCCACAGACCUUUUAUUUAUGUGUGAAUAUUGUUCUUGUCACCUUCCUUUUGCUGUGGCCAUGCAUUACGUAUACAGCCAUGUCCAGCAGAGAGAAGCUAAAUGCCACCUUCAUUGGCAAUGCCUUACUCUAACUGCCACCCUGUCAUCACUCUCCUUAAUUUAGCCUUUAUAGCCUCUUACUGCUUCUUAUAUAAAACUGAUCUUUCAAAAA